CUGAACAAUACCCUUAGAAAGAACAUCUUCAAGGAGUCUAGAUAAUUUGCUAAACAUACUUCUAUAUCUGCAUAUAUAAAAAUUGAUGGAAAUUACCGAUAUAGUUUGAUCAAUAUAUUUUGAUUCAGGAUAGUACAAGGAAUAACAUCUUAUAUUUCUUAUGUGUUAUGGUGGUAUGCAUAGGUAUAGGUGUGGUUAGAGAUAGUAAAUGGAAUGAGUAAUAAUAACCUGGAGUUUUGACUCCACAGUGCAUACUUAGCGCGCAUACAACUAUUGGAACCCAAUUAUUUUGUAGAAAGAGAAAAGAGGAAAGCCGCAGUAGUGGACAGUUGGUAGUGAUAACCAUUGGGGAUCAUAGUUCAGUUCACUUCAGUUGAUUCAGCCAUGCCUUCUGCGCCUUCUUCUAAGCUUUACGCAGACGAUGUUACCCUUUUGAUGGUUCUCCUCGAUACUAAUCCUCUUUUCUGGAGCUCUUCUUCUGUGUCUUUCUCUUCCUUUCUUUCCCAUGUGCUUUCCUUUCUGAAUUCAGUUCUUCUUUUGAAUCAACUUAACCAAGUCGUCGUUAUUGCUACUGGAUACAAUUACUGCGAUUACGUAUUCGAUUCCUCCCUGGCUACCAACCAGGGCUCCGAAAAUGGAAGAAUGCCUGCGCUUUGCACAAACUUGUUGCAUAAACUUGAGGAAUUUGCUAUUAAAGACGAGAAUUUGCAUAAGGAUGGCUCUGAGAAAGGGCUUGCCUCUUCGCUGCUAUCCGGGUCAUUGUCUAUGGCUCUUUGUUAUAUACAGAAGGUUUUUCGAUCAGGACCACUCCAUCCACAGCCCCGGAUUUUAUGCUUGCAUGGAUCCUCGGAUGGACCUGAACAGUAUGUUGCAAUCAUGAAUUCAAUUUUUUCUGCACAACGUUCUAUGGUUCCGGUUGAUUCUUGCUAUAUAGGUUCUAAUAAUUCUGCCUUCCUGCAGCAGGCAUCUUACAUAACUGGUGGUGUAUAUUUGAAGCCACAACAACUUGAUGGCCUAUUUCAAUAUCUUUCGACAGUUUUUGCAACUGAUUUGCACUCUCGUACCUUUCUACAACUUCCUAAGUCUGUUGGUGUGGAUUUUCGAGCUUCGUGUUUUUGCCAUAAAAAGACCAUAGACAUGGGCUACAUAUGCUCUGUUUGCUUGUCUAUAUUCUGUAAGCAUCACAAGAAAUGUUCAACCUGUGGAUCAGUAUUUGGUCAGGUCCAAUCUGACAAUGGGUCUGCAUCUAAUUCUAACCUGAAGAGAAAGACUACAUAAACAUGAUUUUGCUUUUCUUUGAAGCACAUCUGGUAGUUUGGUUUCUUAUCAUUUUUUCAAUUUUACUUCCAAAAUGAAACAAAUGAUCCGUACAUCUUACAUGACUUCAUUUGCGGGUGACAAACUCAGAAGACUUCUCACAAGUCACAAGUCACAAGUCACAAGUCACCACAGCUCAACUUCUGAGACAGGAGAAACAGCUUGAUCGGAUUGAGAGUUCUCCAAGAUAGGUUGGCUCGUGUUUCUUUCACAUAAAACCCUUUAAACUAAUGUUUGAAUUACAUAGCCGAGAACAUAUGAAUAUAUCUAAGAGCUUUUGUUGAAUUGAUUCCCUCAAAUUAAAUAUAUAUCUUUAUAUAUUAAAAGUGCCAGGAUAAUUCUUGGUUUAACGA